GCGGUGCUGCGCCCAGUCCCGCUAUGGCGGCGCCGCUCCUCCUCCUGCUGCUCGCCGCCGCUCUCUGCUCGCCCGUCCCGGGCCUUGCGCAGCAGCGCGAUGCCCCCGGCAGGAUCGCCGUGGUCGGCGGCGGGAUCGGUGGCGCGGCCGCCGCGUACUUCUUGCGGCAGAAGUUCGGGAGGAAUGUGCGGGUGGAGGUGCUGGAGAAGGCGGCGGUCGGGGGGCGCUUAGCCACGCUGGAGGUGGAGGGCGCCAGCUACGAGGCGGGGGGGUCCGUCCUGCACCCCCUCAACCUGCACAUGAAGCAUUUCGUCAAGGAGCUGGGCCUCUCGGUUGCCCCAGGGCACAGCAGCCUCACAGGUAUUUAUAACGGGGAGGAGUUCGUGUUCGAGGAGAGCAACUGGUACAUCAUCAACCUCUUCAAGCUCCUCUGGCACUACGGGCUCAACCCCCUGAGGAUGUACAUGUGGGUGGAGGACAUCCUGGACAAGUUCAUGAGGAUCUAUCGCUACCAGAUGCACGACUACGCCUUCAGCAGCAACGAGCGCCUGCUCCAUGCCCUGGGAGGGGACGACCUCGUCCAGAUGCUGAACCAAACCAUUGACGAAGCCAUGCAGAAAGCUGGCUUCUCCCAUAAAUUCAUAAAUGAGGUGGUUUGCCCGGCCAUUAGAGUCAAUUAUGCACAAGGUGUCAAAAUCAAUGGCUUUGUAGGUGCUGUUUCUCUGGCAGGGGUGGAAUCAGGCCUUUGGUCAGUAAAAGGUGGGAACAAACUUGUCUGCACUGGCCUUCUCUAUGCCUCGAAAGCUGAAGUUGUCUCUGGUACGGUUCUAUCUAUAGAGCCAAAAGUCAGACCCAGGCGCACAGGGGACCCCGUAAAGCUCUACCAGGUGACGUACAACACUACAUCAGGACUGACAGGGGACACGUACGACAUCGUUGUCAUUGCUGCUCCGCUCAACCACGAAAUGGCCAACAUCACCUUCAAGAACUUCGACCCUCCUGUCCCUGAGUUCCCAAACCUUUACCACAGGGUUGUGGUAACGUUCGUGCACGGUCGAUUAAAUGCCUCCUUCUUCGGUUACGAGGACCCAGAGGCUUUUAGUUUCAGUGCCAUCUUCACUAUGGAGAAUCCCAAACUGUUCAUCUACAGCCUGGAGGUGGUGUCUCCCGUGGAGGAUGGAGGCGAUGAAGGAAAAGCGUCCUUGCAAUCUGCCAUCUGGAAGACGUUUUCCAAGGACGUGCUCACCAAGGAGCAGCUUAACCUGCUUUUCUCCUCGUAUGAUUCUGUCAAGGUGAAGACGUGGUUGGCCUAUCCCGACUACAGCCCCCCUGAGAAGUGCCCUCCUGUCAUCCUCCAUGACAACAUCUACUACCUGAACGGCAUCGAGCGAGCGGCCAGCGCCAUGGAGAUGAGUGCCGUCGCUGCCAAAAACGCCGCCCUGCUGGCUUACCACCGCUGGUACGGCAACAGCGACAAGAUCGACCAGGAGGGUUUGCAUGAGAAGCUGAAAACGGAGCUUUGAGCCUCACGGAGCCAAUGGCUGGAAGCAGCCGGAGCUACGGAUCGUGUAUUGUAGCUGUUUAACCACAGUUAGAGCUAAUGAAUGAGGAAGUUUUUGCUUAGCCCUCCAAGAGGGGACAUGCAGCCAGCUCAAGAUGGACUAGAAUGACAGAGGAAGCUUUCCCGUGCAAACUGGCCCUUCCCCAAGCAAAUUCCUCUGGCCCUUCCUUGAGAAAACUCCUCCAUCUAUCAUCUCUGUGUGAGAUGAAAGAAGUAGUUUUAAAUGCCAUGUUAACCCCAAAACACCCUCCGUGGGAAGAAGUCCACCAAACUCAGGAUCUGCAUCACUGGGAUUACUGCGAUGAAGGCACAUCACCUUCCCUCUCUCAGUGUUUCAGGGAGGGAAUGUCAACUUCUUGACUGUAAAUCUCUCCACCUCAGCUAUUUUGUGAAGGGUUUAUCAAGUUGUUAUUCCUGUUAGUGUGGUGGAAACUGGGGCUGUGUUCCUAAUUUGCUUCCAGAACAAGUACUGGAGCUUAUGGGUUUGGGGUAUUGGUCUGCUGGGAGGGCAUGAGUUGCUAAAAUGGGCUGGAAGUAGUCAAAACCACCCUUGUCCUUUGCUUUAUUAAGGUUUAAAAGCAUGAAUAAUUUAGAUGAGAAGAGUUUGUGUCCCAUAACUGCCUCUAAUAAUGCUGACAUACCUCAAUUGUGUCUGAAUAUUGCCCUUACAAAUGGCUGGAGAAAGCACUUGGCACCUUGUAUUGAACUUUAAUUGAAUUAAAAACAGAGUGGUAAAAAA